AUGGAUGUAGAAUUCACACCCAGUGACACAAAUAAAUUUGAAGCUAAUAUUACCAAACAACACCAAGUGAUUGAAUUGAAUAAUCAAGAAGAACAACAACAACCAGAACAACAAGAACAACCAGAACAACAAGAAGAACUAAAAGAUAAUAACGAAAAGAUAAAAACUAGUGAAGAUUCAACAACAACCACAACAACAACAGCAACAAUUACAACCACUGGUGAAAACUCAAUUUCAAUUACAGUUACAGAGGCAAAUAAUAACACUAAUCAAUUAAAUAAAAGCACUAGUAGCAGCAGUAGUUUAAAUAAUAAUAAAAACGAAGACAAUAAGAGUGUUACUGCAUCAAUUGCACCAUCAUCACCAGUCAUUGAAUCAUCUGCAAUAGAAUCAGCAAUUGACUCACCAUACAUUUCAUCUGCUUCAGUAUUUUCAAACGCCACCAAUAAUAACAACAACACCACCACAACAAACGUUGUAGUACCACCACCACAAUUACUUGAGUCUUCAACUGAAAAUAUUACAUCUGCAGCUGAAAUUACACCAGUGACAACAACAACAACAGAAGAGACAAUUAAUAUUCCAAAAGAAUCAAUAGAAGUACAAAAACAACUAGCAGAAACAACAACAACAGCAGCAAUAACUACUACCAAUUCAACACAAGUAACAUCAACAACUGUAACAAAUCCAGAUAAAUUAAAGUGUAAAAUGCAUAGAUCAAAUUUUAUAAUGACACAAAUUGGUGGAAAAAAAUUCACAGAGAUGACAUUAGAACAAUUAUUGGAUGAAGAUGACCCCCAAACUGGUAUGGGGUUUAAGAAUCCUGGUCCUCAAGGAUUCUUAGAAUAUGUUGGUGAUACUGCACCACCACCAACACCACCACCAAUUUCAACAUCCAACACAACUGGUAAAAAUACAGGUAAAAACUCAACAACAGGUAAAAGUGAAGGCAAAAAAGCAACUUCAAACAGUUCAAAUGUACCACCAAGUCCAGUACUUGCAUCAUCAGCUUCACCAUCACCAAAAUUAAAAUCAUCCUCAUCUUCAAUUAGAAAUAGUGGUGCCAUUUCAGGUACAAGUGAAAAUGGUGGUGGUGGUAAUGGAAGUGGUACAAUUUCAAAGAAUACAGCACCUACAACAGGUAAUUCUACUACCACCACCACCACCACCACAUCUACAACAACAUCAUCAUCAAAAGAUAGAAAGAGUGUUGUUCAAAAACAAUCAACAUUAGGUAGAUUACAAAAGAAUGAAGAAGAAAGAAGAAAGAGAAAAGAACAAAAGAGAAGUCGUGCUCGUGAAAAACCAAUUCUAAUCGCAGGUAUUGAGGAUUUACCAGCUGAAUGUUUAAAGAUGGUAAAGAAAUCAAAGAUUCCAGAGGAUAAAUUAAUUCAACACCUUAAUAUUUUAUUACCAAUACUUAGAUUUAGAACUGGAUAUAAUUUAAGACAUGUACCAAUUGUAUCAUCUAAUAAUUCAACAAAUUCUUUAGGUUCAUCAAUAAAUAAAAAUAAUUCAAAUAAUACUACCACUACUACUACUACAACCAAUACAAAUAAUAAAUCACCAGAAGUCUCAACAAAUAGUCUUGAUGUAAAUAUAAUAAACCAAAACCAAAACCAAACAAAUUCUGUACAAAAUAAUCAAAUUAACACAAGUUCAAAUGUAAUAACAACAAAUGUAAUACCAACUACAACAGCAUCUCAAAGUAGUCAAGCACCAUACCAUCCAAGUCAUAACGGAAAUGAAGAGGAUGAUUAUGAUGAUGGAUCACGUUUAGAGAAUGCAAUUUUACCAAAAGGUACCGUCGACUUGAUUGAAACUGAUAGAGACGUUAAAAAAUUAUAUAAAAAUUUAAAACAAAUCGGAAGCGGUGGGUUUGGUAGUGUAUUUUUAGCAAAAUCAACCGUUGAUAAAUGUGAAAUUGCCAUUAAAAAGAUUGCACAUGUAUCAGCAAAAGCACAAAGAACCAAUCUCAAUGAGAUUGGAUUUUUAAAUUUCUGUAAGCAUCCAAACAUUGUCAGUUACUUAAGAAGUCAUUUGGUUGAUGAUACCAUUUGGAUCGCUAUGGAGUAUAUGCAAGGUGGCACUUUAACCGAAGCAAGUCAAGGCCACACUUUCAAUGAGUCGUGUAUCGCUUACGUUGCAAAGGGUAUGUUGGAAGGCUUAAUGUAUUUACAUGCUCACAACAUCGUUCAUAGGGAUAUUAAAUCGGGUAACAUUAUGAUGACCAUCGAUGGUAAAAUCAAGAUUGUCGAUUUCGGUCUUUGUGUCGACGCAAAUGAAAGAAAAUUAGUACAUAUGGCAGGUUCCCCUUUUUGGAUGUCUCCAGAGAUGAUUCGUGGUGAGUCCUAUGGCUGUCCAACCGAUAUUUGGAGUUUUGCAAUUUGUCUUUUGGAAUUGGCAAAUGGUGAACCACCCCACAGAAAAUCUUCCCUCACUGCUAUGUUCACCACUGCAACUGAGGGUUGUGCAGGUUUGGACAAACCUGAAAGAUGGACCGAACACUUUACUCAUUUCUUAAAUCUUUGUUUAGAAAUGGAUCCUUCAAAGAGAUCAACUGCCGAACAACUUUUAAAACAUCCUUGGAUUAAUUUAUCUGAAAAUCCUGAAACUAUGAAAAAGAUUUUAGCUCAAAUUUUCAUUGCGAAUGUUAUGAAUCAUUUAGAUAAUUAA